AUGAAGGUCAGAGUAAAACCGAAAUAUGAGUGCGGAUCCGCCGUCACUUAUAUUUCUCGCCAACAGGCGAUGAAGAAACUUCAAUUGUCUAUGAGAGACUUCAGAAGAUUAUGUAUUUUGAAGGGAAUUUAUCCACAUGUGCCACACAAUAAGAAGAAAGCUAACAAGGGUACUUCUGACAACAAAGUAUUCUACUAUAGAAAAGAUAUCAACUUCUUGGCUCACGAACCCAUCAUUGGCAAAUUCAGAGAAUACAAAGUUUUCUUGAAAAAAUUCAAUAAGCUGAAGGCCAAAAAGGAAGAUGGUCGUAUCAAAGUUUUGCACGACAAUAAACCAACUUAUUCACUCGAUCACAUUGUGAAAGAGAGAUAUCCAACUUUCGCUUCAGCUCUUCGUGAUUUAGAUGAUGCUUUAUCUCUCGUUUUUGUCUUCUCCACUUUACCAUACACAAAAAUCUUGAAGUUAGAUAUUAUCAAUGACUGUAGACGUCUCUCGGCUGAGUUCAUGCACUACGUAAUUGAAGCUCAAGCUCUGAGAAACGUAUUCAUAUCAAUCAAGGGUAUCUACUACCAAGCCGAGAUCUGUGGAGAAAAGAUCACUUGGCUGGUUCCCCAUGAGAGAGGAAACCCUCAUGUUACUGAUGUUGAUUUUGCUGUCCUGACUACUUUCUCCGAGUUCUAUGUAGCCAUGCUUGGUUUCGUGAAUUACAGGCUCUUCGCUACACAAGGGCUUCAUUAUCCUCCUAAAAUAGAAACUGGUACUAAUGUUGUUGAAGAAGCUAAUGACGAAGAAAUCGUCGAAAAAAUUUACAGCUUAUCGAAGCCUAUUGCUCGUAAAUCGGAACAACCUACAGAGCAGGAUGAUGAUGUUCAAGUUGAUAUUUUUGGCGAAGAGGAUAAUGCUUUAGCUGAGAAAAUCAAACAAAUAAAAGCCAUAAAGAGUCUCUUCAAAGGAUGCGUCUUCUACCUCAAUAGAGAAACACCAAGAGAAGCCUUGACUUUAAUAAUCAGAAGUUGUGGCGGUACAGUCGGAUGGGAAGGCUCAGCCAAUAACAUCACUGAAACUGAUGCGGGAAUCACUCAUCACAUUGUUGAUCGUCCUCUCAAGAACGUAGACAUAAAUAGACGUUACUUGCAACCACAAUGGGUUUUCGAUUGCUUAAAUGCUCGCAGACUUCUCCCAGCUAAUAAGUAUUUGCCCGGAGCAACACUACCUCCUCACUUCUCUCCAUUCAUUUCGGAGAAACCCGGUGACUACAUUCCAGUCGAACGUUUGGAAGAACUCCGUAAUCUCGGAAAAGAUGUGGAAUCUCUUGUGGCGAACGAACCAAUUAUUCCAACUACUGAGAAGAAACCAAAGAAGAAGCCUGAAGAACCAGUGAGAUCGGGAAUGCGCGCAGAACUAGGAAGAAUGCACAAAAAGAAUAAACAACUAGCAUUGAAUCAACAGGGAUCUGACAAUAAGAUGAAGGAAAUGAUGUUAGCCAGAAAGCAUCAACGUGUAUAUCAUAGUAUGAAGACUAAGUUGAAGAAGGAUAAGAAUGAAGCUCUUAAACUGAAAACUAAGAGAGCCAAGAUUGACAAGGAAAAACCUGCUGCUCGAGUUUAA